AGAAGAGCCAGGAGUGGACUGUGUCCUUUGGACCUGGGAUCCUCGUGCAGAGAAGCUCCUGGAACCAGGAGACCGAGGGAGAGAGAGCUGUAACACUGGAGAUGACAAGAAGUGGUGGCGGAGAAGCAGCGGCAGCCGAGGCAGCGCUGGGCUUCCUCGUCCUUGGAGCGAGAAAGUUGAGUACUUUCAGGCAGAAGUCUUGCUGGCAGAGUGUGCUUUGGGGAACUUGGUGGAACUAGCUUUGCCGACCCACAGGGUUAGAAACCUGACCUGAGCACCUUCAGCAUGAGGCUUACUGGCAGAGGAGGGUGCCUCAAACGCUCAUCGGCAGAGUUAAAAGAGCUUUGUAACACUUGCCCGAGCAGGGCAGAGGCCAAGGGCCAGAGAGAAGCCUGCCUGUGGGCGUGGCUGGAGAAGAAGUUGUUCUGAUGGAAGAGCUAUAUCCUGAGCAUUCCUGAACCUGAGUUGUAACCUGUUACUUCUCUAAUAAACCCCAUAACUGUGAGCACUGUCUGUGAAUUCUGUGUGGCCACUGCAAUGAGUUCUUGAACCGAGCAUGGAAGUCGAGAGUGCCGUGGGAGGGACGGUUGGUGUCAGAACUGGUGUAAAGAAUCGGUGAGAGGAAGCAUGUCUGACCUCCGCCUCAUUGGUUCUCCUCCACCUUGUGAAGCUAGAGGAGGUCAGAUGCUGCCACCACACCAUUUUUACACAAAUUUUCGGCAACUAACAACAAUAAUUGAUCUCAGAUUUCAAUAGCUGAUUCGGGAGGGGGUCAAAAAACAUAGCAGGUGGCAUGUGGAGAAAGUGGGCCAGGUUUGCAGGAGGAUGCUACUCCUGUGUUGCUGACUCCGGUGAGCCCCUUCCCCUUCAUGAGCCAGGCUUGAGGUGCCGUGGGGCCAUUGUCCGCAGUGACACAGGGCCAGUGUGACGACUUGCGGGGAGGCCCCUGGGAGCACCUUGCAGGGGGCCCGGCUCCUGGAGCCUCUCAGUAUUCCAGUUGAGCUAAGAGGCUGUGUGGGAGAGGGUUGUAAGAGGAGAUGUUUGCAUGGGAUACAGCAUUGUAACAGAGCGUGUGGGUAAUGGAAGAGUUGACUGAAGGUGGAAAGUUUUGGAAAGCUCACAGAAAACGCUUGAAGUACAAGGCUGGUUUCAAUGUUAAUAUGGCUGGUGAAUUACAUCCCGGGAAGGAGCAAAGUGGAGUGACGGUGUUAGAGUAGCGCUGUUGCCUUGUUCCUGUGGAUUCUAUAAAACCUUUAGAGUUUCUUUUUCCUUAGGCCAUAACACCGAGAAUGACCAAUUCGCCAGAGCUGUGGCCUUAGAAGGAGCCCAGAGCGCUGUCGCCAGGAGCCAGGACAUCUAGGGAGAGAGGCUGGUGGAGGGUGCUCAGCCACGAGCCUUCACCCACUCAACUGAGCCCAUUGCAUGUAGCCUGGGUGGUCAGCAGGGCUGAGAUAUGUAUCAAAGUCGAAGGCACCUGUGGAUUCAGUAUGUUGUGGUUAACACCCUAGACGACCUUCUGGAGGGAGGGCUCUGGUCUUAGCAUAUUUCUGGGAGAAGCAGAGGGACCGGGCAGAGAAACCACUGACCUAGGACUCAGAACUCCUGGGCCCUAGUCCUGGUCCCAUCAUACCUACUCCUGGCAGGGAACCCUGGGUGAGUGGCUUAACCUUAGUGUUUCCUGUCCUCAACCUGGAGGUGGCGCGGUUAAUCCCCACUCGGCCUCUAUCAUAGGAUGGUUGUAGGACCCACAGGAUGAGGCAUCAGAACAUACCUUAUUGAUAACAGUUUUAGUAACAUCCCUUAUAGUGUUUAGUGUGUGCCAAGGACGGUGUCAAGCAUCUUAAAUGCUGUAUCCUUCUGAGUCCCAGCAAAAACAUAGCACACUCAAAUUGAGUGGACAGUUUAAUUAAGGGAGUAGUUACAGAGGUGGGAAACCAGUAAGGAUGCUGUAAGACCUGGGCCCAAUUACCACGCUGGGAGAGGGGAGGAGAGGCAAAGGAGGGAUGGGGCAGAGAAACCAGGAGAGUGUAGCAGUAGGAGCUGGUGGGGCCAGCUGGUCAACCUGGGCAGGGAAGGAGCCAGGAGGAUAAAUACUGCCACCUUGUUCUCUUCCCCUCUGCCCUCCACAACUCCAGUGCCACCAAGGGCUGAGCCAUGGGCUCACUGAUGCUGCCUCCUGGGAACAAGGCAGGGUGGAGACAGACUACGAGUAGACCUGGAAGGUGAACUGAAGCAAACACGCAUACACCCACCAUCUCGUAUGAUUCUGUAGCAGCCACGAGGGAGAUAUCUCAGGAUUCCCAAUUGGCAGUGGGUGCCAUCUUGGAACUCUACCUUUCUGAAAUGAUAAUGCCAAUAAGAAGUGACUAGCAUCCCCAAGGGCUGUGAUAAGCAAAUGCUUCAAACUUCCUGGCCAAGAUAUUUGCAUCUGAGGACCGAGAUGGAUGAUCACACAGGCUGCUGAGAUGACAGACAGCUCUCAGUGCCUUCCUCACGUCGCUGGCGGAAGCAUGGAGGAGACGGGGCUCUAAUUAAGGAUAACAGCAAACCAUACUUUCUGGAGGAGGGUGGCAAAGACAGCUUCCUGUCAUCCUGCACCAAACACCCUUCCUUCAAGGUCCUCACUCCUGAGGGAUCCUGGACCAUCAAGAAGAUUAAUUACCCCUCAAUCUCUUUAGAUAGGAAACGAAAUCACUGUUGUUACAUUUGAUUAAAGCUUCAGCAAGAGACUUUAUCAGCUCUCUCGGGAUUACUGAAGGCACAGGCUACUUUAUUUCCCGGAAAGACAAAUUGUAUGCAAGAAGAGCCAACACACCAUGAGUGGCCCCCACAGCUUUUGUGAUGCCCACAGUGAGGUUCAGCACCCAGGGGUAGCUGUCUCCCAGCAGCAGUGAAGUCGGCAAGCGCAGGCCUGAGGCCUCCGUGGGAAUCCCAGCCUUCCCUUCUGAUCGAGCCUCUGGCUCUGGGGCCUUUCAUCCAAAUUCCUCCCCUAUUAAGAGUGGUUUCCUCCAGCCUGCUACUGGGAGGUACCCAUCAGGAAAGCAAAAGAUGGUGAAGGUAAAGAAAAUGAAGUUGCUCACCUUCCUCAUUCUCCUCAUCUUCCUCACUUCCUUCUUCCUGAGCUACAACCAAACCAUGGUGAUCACCACCUGGUUCCCCAAGCAGAUGGUCACUGGGAUCUCGGAAAACUUCCAGAAGCUCAUGAAGCUCCCUCAUAGGUCCUGCACCUGCAGCCACUGUAUCGAUGAGCUCAGGGUCUCGCGCUGGUUCGACGAGAGGUUCAACCAGACCGUGCAGCCACUACUCACGAUGCGUAACUCGCUCCUGGAGGAGGAGACCUACAGCUGGUGGCUGCAGCUUCAGCAGGAGAAGAACCCCAAAAACCUGAACAACACCAUCAAGGAGCUGUUCCGCGUGGUGCGUGGGGAUGUGGACCCUAUGCUGGAGAACGAGUUCGUGGGCUGCCGGCGCUGCGCUGUCGUAGGCAACUCGGGCAAUCUGAAGGAGUCACAGUAUGGCUCCCAGAUAGACGAGCAUGACUUUGUGCUGAGGAUGAACAAGGCCCCCACGGUAGGGUUUGAGGCCGAUGUUGGGAGCAAGACCACCCACCAUCUUGUGUAUCCUGAGAGCUUCAGGGAGCUGGGGGAGAACGUCAACAUGGUCCUGGUCCCCUUCAAGACUAUUGACCUGCAGUGGGUAGUCAGUGCCACCACCAAGGGCACCAUCUCCCAUACCUAUGUCCCCGUCCCCACAAAGAUCAAGGUGAAAAAGGAGAAGAUCCUCAUCUACCACCCGGCCUUCAUCAAGUAUGUCUUCGACAACUGGCUGCAGGGCCACGGGCGGUACCCCUCCACCGGCAUCCUCUCUGUCAUCUUCUCCCUGCAUGUCUGUGAUGAGGUGGACUUGUAUGGCUUCGGGGCAGACAGCAAAGGGAACUGGCACCACUACUGGGAAAACAACCCUUCGGCAGGUGCUUUCCGCAAGACAGGGGUGCACGACGGAGACUUUGAGUCCAACGUGACGGCCAUCUUGGCCUCCAUCCACAAAAUCCGCAUCUUCAAGGGGAGAUGAUGCUGGGAAGGGCCAGGACCACUGCACCAGCUCGUUCCUCUCCGUCUCCAGCCCCCGCACCUCACCGGAGCCACCUUGUUCCAGGAGCUUCGAGGGCCAGCCUCACAGUGUGCCCAGGGACCUCUAGCAGGCAUGUGUACCCCAAUUUUUGGCAGCUUGCUCUCACAGGGUCACUGAGCUCUGCCAGGCUGCCCAGCAGGUCUUGGAAUCGGCCAUGAGUGAGAGAACAUGGCCCUCAAGGCUGGGGAAGGUGGGGAGAUGUUGGGCAAGGUUCACCUUCAAAACACCAAAGUCAUGUUGGCUUGUAGAGGCAAAGGGGGUCAAAUCCUGAAGACCCCCGAUUCUGAGGGAAAGGACCAUUUCCUCAUGAGAAUGGGCAGAGAGGCUUCCUCUGUGGAGGGGUCCUGGCUGACUUCAGCUCUGGUCAUCCUUGGGAUGUCCCUGGGUGAGGAUUACUUAUGGGGCAGAGCCACGGGCCCACAUAGCACUGGGAAGGGAUGAUGCCUUCUUUUCUGGAGGCAAAGCCCGGUCCCUUGCUUGGCCAGAUAAGCCCGUCUUCCCUUUCUUCCCCGAAGCUCGUUCAUGACGGCCAGGAGACCUCCCCACCCCAAAGGUCUUCACAGAAACUUUGCAGGGUGCUUCUGGCUCCAGGAGACGUCUUCUUCCCAAAUAGAUGCUCCUUCGAUUCACCCACCUUUGUCGUUACGAUAGCUGAGAGCAGAUUGGACUACUUCCAUGUGCCUUCAUAUCGGGGAAGGAAAUGAACGUGUGGGCUGAGAUGAGGCAAAGCCCUGACUUGGACAGGGACCUCCAUCCACAGCUACCCUUUCUCUGGAGCUGGGGUCAUUGUUUCCAUUUUAAAGACUGUUGGACUUGGCAUCCAUACCUUCCCACACUACGUAGGGGGCCUCCUUCGCCCGGCAUCUUCCCCCAGAGCCUGGGCUCUGGACAAGUUCACACUGGCCAAAUACAUGGUGUCCUGGGGCUGAGAGGCAGGCAGAGGGACAGUGACUGACAGAGCAGGACACGUCAUACCUCAUCCUCUUCCUCCCUCAUGCGUCUCUUUCUUCCUCUUCAGCCUUCCUGAUUAUUUAUUGAUUUUUUUUUUUAAUUCAACUGAGAUUUCGCGCACCCUGUGUUUCUGCUGCUGGUCUGGUGUCCUCAUUCCGCUGGCUGUUGCUUCACCAGGCAGCUGGGCAUUGGAAGCUUCAACGAAGGUUUGCCUGCACCCUCGGACCCAGGGUUUCCGGGGUAUCUAGGACUUGGGAGAAAUCCUGAGGCAUUAGGUCGGUAGAUUUGUGGAACGCUCUGUGCCCUGCCUUCCAGCCUAAUCUUCUGUCUUGUUGCGGACUUGGAUUCAGUCUCAGGCUAGAAAUGUCCAGACACCUCACUGGGGACGGUGGUGUAGUGGGGAGCCAGCGAUUGUCCCUCCAGUUUCUGACAUUUAAUCAGAAAAACCACGUUUCCCACUGAAAGCCUCUUCCUAGAAGGCUGUUGCUGCUUGGGGAGGCGCGACGGUUUCCUGGUGGCGUUUGCAGGCUGCCAGACUCGGAAGCCGCAGGCCUGCCUCCUCAGACCUCCGCUUUCUGGAAAGUUCUGUUCUCGUCAGCCUCAGUGUCUCCCUCUGCAAACCAGGAGGGAGGGAUUAUGGAAGCUCAGGCCCUUGGCCAGGGGCACUAAUGGCUUCGGGCUGUUCACAAGAAUCCCCAGAAAUUACAUGCUAAGCUUUUUUUUUUAUUUUUUAAUCUUUCUUUCUGAAUCUGGGUAUAUGAGCAUUUUUCUGGGGAGAGGUUCCAUAGCUUUUAUUUGCCAAGAGGUUCAGGAUCCAGAAAAUUAAAAAAAAAAAAAGUUCAGACUUUAAAAUUCUCCAAAACGUAAGGCUCUCUUGACUGAUAAAGGCUCUUAAGUGCUGUGAGGUCGUCAUUUUGAUCGUAAACCCUCAAAGUUGAGCUCAGCAAGCGUUGGUUGGUUGACUGACUAAUUUCAGGAACAGGCCUUGAGAUAAAAGCAUACUUACAUGGAGAGCAGUGUCAACUCCUGGACAUCUCCCUUUUUCCUAAAAAACCGAUUGCCAUCAAGUUGAUUCCCACUCAUAGCUACCCUGUAGGACAGACUAGAACUGCCCCAUAGGGUUUCCAAGGAGAGGCUGGUGGAUUCAAACUACCGACCUUUGGUUAGCAGCUGAGCUCUUAACCACUGUGACACCAGAGCUCCCUUUUCCUAAAAGCACAGUCUAUUUAGGGACAAGGGGUUCAGGCUCAGCAUCUACUUACGUGGGUUUUCCUGAGUAAGAAAGAGAAGGCCCUAUAAAGUGCAGACGAGUCCACGUCGAGCUGGGUGCCACCUGGGUCAGCUUCCUGGUCUCAGUCAGCUCUCUCCCUCCUUCUAGAACAUUAAUGCUAUGGGAGACCACCUAGCCCCCCGUUUUACAGAUGAGAAAACCAAGGCCCAGAUAAUGGAAGUGACUUGCAAAAGUGAACCAGUCCUGACAAAUAACACAAUUCAAACAGGUUUUGAUCAAGGAUAAAACGUUAUUGGCUCCAUGUCUGAAAUGUCCAGCCAUGGGUUUUUCUAGCAAGGCUGUAUCCAGCACCCUUCACCCCCAAAUGUAACCAAAAUGUAGGUUUCAGAUUCUCUGCCCUGCCUCCCACCACUAAGCUUCACCCCCAGGCUGCCCGUGGUGGCCCUUAGAACCGCCAGGCUCUAUCAUCAGCCCCAGUACCUUCCCAUGGAGGCGAGAGCUUUCUCUUUCCUGACGCCCCGGCAAACAUCUCUUUGUAUCCCAGUAGCUUAACAACGGGCACUUAACUAAAUAAAAGCCAAUAAUUGUGGCAAGGACGAAAUGCAUCAAUUGGCCUAAGUCAUCCCAGGGGUGAGGGUGGCUGAGAAUCAGGCAAGGGAGUGUCUCAAAGGGCAUUUGGCAUGCUGUGGUUAGGAGGAUGCUGGGGAGGUGCUCAUGUGUCUUCCAUAGUCAGAGUUGGGGCACCAGCAGGAUGCCCACUUGGGCCCCUGCAGCCCAGCCCAAGGCUCUGUUCACUCUUUCGGCAGGGAGAUCCUUAGGGACCAGCCCAGGGCCCUGGGCAGAGGAGUCCUUGUCCUUAUCUGCAGCCAAUGUGCUGGACCUGAAGCCUCAAAGGCAGACCCGGUGAGGGUGACCCAAAGACCUCAGCAACAUACCAGCCUUCAGUGCCCCCUCGCAGGCCUGGGCCCUGGUUUCAUGGAGCUGGAGCCCCCUGCAGCAAAGCCAACACCUGCCUCGCAUCCCUGGGGGCCCCUCCUUCCCCAUGCUCUGCUUUCACCUCCUUUUGGGAUUUGUAGCGUCUGGCUCUGCAGAGGGAUUUGGGCAGGGAAGAAGGUCUUUAAAUUGAUACCUCUUGAAACUCUGGCUUUGUCAGGCAUUAUCAAGCAAGCCGUACGGGCUGGGCUUCGUGGAACAUUCCAGGAACGAGCAAAUAGGGCAUCAAAUAUGGAAACCAGACAACAGGUGGACAGGAUCCGGAUGAUUCUCAUAGCGAGGGGGCUGAUGCAGAGCCCACAGUGGGCCCCUGUCCCUGCUUUGGGCAGGGGCGCUAGUAAAGGUCAGCUCUACCUCCAUGUGAAUUGAGCCCCCGGGCCAAAUGUGGAAUGUUCAGGACCUCAGAGGAUACUUAGAACUGUGAUGUUCGCUGUAACUGUUCCCUCAAGGUGACCCAAACACGAA